ACUUGAUCGGCACUCCGAGGCUGGCGAGUGCUCCUCUCUUUCACGUUUGCGCACAUGGACGGAUCUGAAAUCGCCCCUCCUCCUAAACGCGUGUUUCCGCCUUUGUAUACGCCAACGGGUGACGCGUCCCUCGACAGGCUCGCAUUCUUUCACGUGCUGGAAAAUUUAAAGACUCAAAAGCGCACAGGAUGGGUCGAUAACAAGAUCCCAAACGCAGAGAGCAUUUCAGAUCACAUGUACCGCAUGGCUAUACUCGCCAUGUGUACGUCAGAUAGCACCCUCGAUGUUUCCAAAUGUGUUAUGAUGGCUGUGGUGCAUGAUCUUGCCGAAGCUCAAGUGGGCGACAUCACACCUCGAGAGGGUAUUUCUAAACAGGAAAAACAACGCUUAGAAGCGGAAGCGAUGCGCCACUUCGUGCAUGGUAUGCUCCAUGGUUCCCCAGCAGCGCUGCGAAUUGAAGCUCUCUGGAACGAAUAUGAGGAAGGGAAAACGGACGAGGCGAGGUUCGUCAAAGAUCUCGAUCGGCUGGAGAUGGCGUUGCAAGCGCGUGAAUACGAAACGGCGCAUGCGCUGAAUCUGCAGCCGUUCUUUGAUUCUAGCUUGCCUUAUUUGCGUCAUCCGGAGGUCAAGCGGUGGGGUGAGGAUUUGGCACAGACCCGUUGCCAUUCACGCUAGUCGAUAUGAUCCGUUCGCGCUAGCUGUUGAACUGGUCGGUAUGAUCGUCAUGUUGUCAGACGUGUUGUGUUUAUCGUUCACGGACGUGAUGGUUCGAUUAAGUACAUCGAUAAAUCCCUGAGGCUUGUAUUCAAUGUCUCAAGACGGAAGUAUUUUUCGGGAGGACAGGGCUCGUGCAACUUCCCAACAAUUUCUUAUCGACUCAUAUAUCAGCUGACUCCACGAGCGCUUGUAUGUUGCCUAUAUCAGCCC